AUGCAGACGAUAGUCAUCCUGUUGGUCAAUAUAGUCGUUUUGAACGCAGCACGAAUUGUGACUCUGGAAAAUUUUGUGGAUAAUUUAAUAGAUUUCCCAUUGUAUAAACGGAAUGAACCAGAAUAUAUUUGUAAGGACAGUCCAGUUGAUAUUAGCUUGAUCAUCGAUUCUUCGCGCAGUAUUCAUCCCUUCGACUUUCAAAGGCAGAUUAACUUUUUGGUAAAGUUCGUGACCCUUUUCGACAUCAGCCCAAACAGGGUGCGGGUGGCGGCCGUAUCCUUCGGCUUGAAGGUCAUCCAACAGGGCGCUUUCACUUUCAACAAAUACGGGAGUACAGAAGAAGUUCAAAGUGGACUCCGGGGUAUCAGGUACCGCGGUGGCGAAUAUGGCGAGGGAACAAAUACUGCUUUGGCACUUGCGUUCGUCCGCAAGAAAAUAUUUCGAGACGCCCGCCCUGAGGCCAAAAAGCUGUGCAUUGUCCUGACCGACGGACGCUCGACUGACCCCAAAAAGACCCAAGAGGAAGCAGCUUUGCUCAAAAGCGAAGACGUCCAAAUGGUAGCCAUUGGAAUUGGAACGCUUAUAUCAAUGGAGGAAUUAAAAGGCAUAGCAAGCAAUUCUGAUCUCGUCUUCACUGUGGGCAACCACUCGCUGCUUCAAACCAUCAAAAAGCAACUCAUACUGGCGAUAUGUACAGACGUCGAAAUUGUUACUGUUGUACCUCCAAUAGAAAACGAUAAAAAUGUUGAGAAUGUUACCAAAGAAAUCCCGUUACAAAAUGACGAAAACGUCAAGGAAGUCACUACGAGACCUGUGCUUGAUAUAAACAAUGACAUCGGUGAAAUCACUAUACAAUCUGUGAUUGAUAAAAACAAAGACAUCAGUGAAGUCACUACGCAACCUGUGAUUGAUAAAAACAAAGGCUGUCAUGGUCUCCUGGACAUCAAUUUUGUCUUUAAUCCAUCGCAAGUUGGAACCCGAAGAAUCAUCAGGUUUAUUGAAAACGUUAUCGCAACUGAAGCCCUGGCAAAUGACGAUGUUCGAGUUGGAAUAAUUACUGUUCCUUUCCCAGACAUGACCGGUUUUCGGCUUAAUCGGUACAAAAACAAAAGUGAGAUAAAAACCCAUUUUGAUGAAUAUCGAAUCAACUUAAUAGCUCCACAAGUAGCCGAUCUCCGCCUUGAGGCGUUCCUUUCAAUGAAUGGCGGGCGUCCUGGCGCGAGGAAAUUAGGCAUUAUUUUCUUGCGCGGGAAAAUCGACGAUGCCAUCGAGGCGAUUAUAGAAGCGAAAUCUGCCCACGCAGAUGGAAUAGAGAUCUAUGUCAUCACAACUGGGUACACGAACGAUAAACUGAUCACCAACAACAUUGCAACGGACGCUGAACACGUCUUGAGUGUUUCCUCAUCCAAUGAUUUACCCGAUCUUUCUGACAAAUUCGUAAAUCUUAUUUGUGAAUGUAAGUAA